AUGGUGAAGGUCUUGAUGUCAACCAUGCAGCAGCAAGUUCGUUUCCCAGUUGGAGUGCAGGCUAGAUACCCUAAAACUUCAUCAUCGAAGCUAGGUUUAACUAAAAACAUUGACAUCAAGUCCGCAAAAAAUUGCACACCUACCGAAGGGUUGUAUCAGGACAAUGGGAGUGUAGUGUUGGCCGCCGUCCUAGCAGGAUACAUGGUUCUCGUCGCACGUAACCUCCCUUUGGCGGUGAUUCAGUUUCUGAUUUACGAGCACGCAAGAGUCCGAGUUUGGGAGUCGAGAGCCGCCGGACGUGACGACACGACAAGAAGUCUCCUACAGACUGGUCUCGUAACCGGACGCAGUGCGGGGACCGCAGGCGCGGUGGCAGCAUUCGUCACUACGCCGAGCGACGCGGUCGAGAUGCAGAUGAUACUGGACGCUAGAACCCAUGAAGAAAGCGAAACCGGAGCGAAGCUCACUCGGAAGCAGGCGAAGAAGCGGGCGAGGAAGCGGGCGUGCACAAUAGCACAAGAAGUUUACGGUGAGAGAGAUGUGCAAGGGCUUUCCGAGGCUGCGGCUCUGUCGUCAGGAUGGACAAUGCUGCGUAGCGGGGUGGAUCUAGGGGCGUACGAGAUGACCAAGGGGUGGUUCAAGGAGGCCGGACAAGGGGAUGAGGUUGGGAUCUGA